GCGCAAAACCGCGACCAAACAAGCCAAGAAGAAGACAACGGCGGCGGCGGCUGUCAUUAAAAAUUUUCAUUCUUCAAAAAAAAGUGCAAAUCCGCGGUCGUGCAUUUUCCGGGUGAAAUUUAUCGGUGAAAACGGUUCCGCCGCGGGCUGAAACUAUCGCACCCGGUGGCAUUAGUGCGCGGGCAAGUGAAUUGGGGUAAAACUGGUCCGUUCCGGGUGCGGCUUGGGGCCGAAAAUCGCGUCGAAAGAUGUCAACAAAAGCAAGCGAAGAGGAGCCGCAGCACCACGACGAAAGUGACAUCGCGGACGAGUUUAUUGAUGAUGAUGGCGACAAGGCCGGAUACUUCCCGGGGAAGACGAUCACGCUGCAGAUGCUGCUCGGUGCGAACGUGCUGCAGCCGGGAAAGGGCGCGAUGAGCAUUGAGUAUUUGGGCCAAAAGUUCAUUGGCGAUCUGCUCGCGGACGGCAAGAUCAAGUCGCACGAAACGGAAACCAUCUUCUGCUCGCCGAGUGCGUGGGCCAUCUACUGCAAGCGCAUCAUCAACCCAGACAAGCGCUCGUCCGGCUGCGGGUGGGCCUCCGUCAAGUACAAGGGCCGCAAGCUGGACGCGUACAAGGCGGCCUACCACCGGAAGCUGCUCCAGAAGGAGAAGGAGGACCACAAGGACGACGGGCCCGAUGUGGAAAUUAUUGAGGACACCGAAGAGGACAAGACGGCGAUGGAGCCACCUCCGGUGCGACGGAACGUCGUCCAGCACAACACCAUCAGCAACCGGAACAUUCUGCACGAUGCCAACACCCUGAUCGAGUCGGUUCCGUUCACGUCGGUCGGCAAGAUCCAGCCGUUUCUGGUGUCGGUCAGCAGCUCGACCGUCCUGCUGAUGGACUUCCACUGCCAUCUGACGAGCAACGAGGUGUGCGGCUACCUCGGCGGAACGUGGGACAUUAACGCGCACAACCUGUCGAUUACGCACGCCUUCCCGUGUCGGAACUCGCGCUUCGACCGGGACAAGGCCGCCAUGUGCGAGCUGCAGAUCCAGAAGCUGAUGGUGAAGAAGAAUUUGGCGCUGGUCGGGUGGUACCACUCGCAUCCGCGCUUUCCGGUGCAGCCGACGUUGCGUGAUUGUGACGCCCAGCUGGAGUAUCAGAUCAAGAUGCGCGGCCCGACGGAGGCGUCGUACACGCCGUGCGUUGGGUUUAUUUGCUCCCCGUACAACGACGCCACCAACGCGCUCGAGUCCAGCAUCCUGUCGUUCUGGGUGCUUCCACCGCCGGAGAACCGUCCCGCCGAGUACGGCCGACCGAUGCUGAUGUCGUACUCGCUCGUGCCGGACGAAACCCUGUCGGAGGAGAUCAAGGAGGAGAUGAUGCUCACGGUCGACUAUUACAAACAGUUCAACCGGGAGCUGAUCAACUUCCAGGCGGUUUACAAGAACGAGGUGACCUUCAUCGACAAGCUGAAGAAGACGUUGACGCCCAAGUUGCCGCUGGACUCGCGGUCCGGGCACUUUUGGAACUGGAUUCGUGAGUUGCUCGGGUUGGAUCCGGAGGAAAUUAUUGUGAUUCCGGAUCCGCCACCGCCGCCACCUCCGGUGGCACCGAAGCUGCCGGAACCAAUUUCGGCCCCGAUGGUGGUCAAUCUUACUGGGACUGACGAAGGUAGUGUUACGACCGAGGCCAAGAAUGAUGAAGAUUUCGAUGGGGUUUCGGAGAUGGGCGAUUCGGACGUGAUUUCGUUGAAGGACGAUGAUAAUAAGGCACUUUCGCUGGGGGUUUCGAGCCUGCAGGCUCAGCUGAAGCGUCCUUCGGGGCUGAACAUGACUCCGUCGCCGCUUUCAAGCGCGCUUGUACUGCCGGCGACGAAUCCGCCUCCGGCGGGUAACCAGAACAAUCAUGGUGGGUCGAUUACCACCAACACUUCGUCCCCGCGGGACAGCCCGAUAACCAUUCCAUCGAACUCGGCCAGUCCGGCCAAGUUUGAAAUCCCCGUCCGGGCGAGUCCAUCGCCCGCCAAGUCGGACACUUCUUCAUGUCGCAGCCGCACGCGCAACUCGCCAGCGCCGAGUCCGGUCAAACUGUCCAUCGGGGACAUUCUCGGGGGCGGUGGAGCCGGAAAUCGUAACAGUCCCACCCUGAGCUCCCUGAUCGGCAACAUGGGCGCCGGCAACGUGUCCAACAUUCACGAUCUGUACGCGGCCACGUUCGCCUCGCUCGGAACCUCAAUCCCGUCGAACCUGCUCUCCCAAGACUACGCCUCUCUCUUCCAAAACACCAAGCGCGACGAGUACGGGUUGUCCGCGCUGAAUGCCCUUGCCCAGGUGGCCGCCGCUUCCGGAAUCUCCAACACGCAAAUUAACGAAACGCUGCUGCACAGUCUCAAUCGAAGUAUUGGCUCGUCCUCAUCGGGCAAGUCCGGCCAGACAUCGACCAUUACGACCAGCUCGGCGACGAUGUCAUCCAGUACGGCACCUUCAGCAUCGUCUGCGUCUUCAGCGUCGGCGGCAGCUGCUGCUGCGGCUGCGGCCGCAGUCGCUAGUUCAACCGGACUGCCACCGAUUCCGAACAUGAAGGAGUUCAUGCAACAGCUGGAGAAGGGCAACUUGAGCUUGUUGAUGCAGUCGCAGUACGCCAAUCCGUUGGCCGGGAUGACCGGGUUGACUGGGCAAGCUGGUUCGGGUAGUGGCACUGGAGGUGGUGGCAAAUCCGGCUCGAGUCGCUCCUCGGGCAAGUCUCGCUCGAAGGCCGCCCAACAGGCUCAACAGCAGCAGCAGCAACUUCAGCAAGCGCAACAACAGCUGCUUCAGCAGCAACAACAGCAGCAGCAGCUGAUGGAUUACGCUGACUUUACCAGCAAGUUCGACCAGGGCAAGCUGGCCGACCUGAUGAAGUCCCCAGAGUACUCGCAGAUGCUGAUGCAGCAGGCCCAAGCGCUCGGCUGUUUGGGCAGCGAAAUCUCGAUCAUCAAGAAGCCCUCGUCGAAGGGCGGAAAUUCCGGAGGUAACAAUAACAGUGGCAACAACAACAACAGUAACAACAACUCCGGAGGAAGCGGUGGCCAAUCCGGCGGCAACAAGAAGGACUCGGCCAGCGAUCUGAUCACAAAAUUGCGUACAAUCUUCUCCACCGAUUCGUAUCUUCCUCCAAUGCCGACGGCAGCUGACAUCAAUCUGCUGGCGGAGCAGUCGCAAAAGGUCCCGGAAAUCCAACAGAUUCUCAACUCGGGAAAUCUGGACGACAUCCAAGUACUGCUGAAGGCGCAAUCCCUGUCCAACAACACGCUGGACUUUGCACUGUUUAUGCAGGGAACGUCCGGCACGAACACCGGCGCCGGCGAGGGUUCCAGCAAGGCCAGCAAGAAUGCGGCCGCCAAGGAAGAGCGCGAAAGGGAACGCGAGCGUGAGCGUGAGCAACGUGAACGGGACAACGCUAACGCUGCUGCUGCAGCAGCUGCCGCCGCGGCCAUGAACCCGUAUCUUUCCGCGAGCAACCUAUCGGCACUGUUCGAACCGGUUCAACGAUCAACCAACGAGAAAUCCGGUGGCAAAUCCGGCAAAAACAAGGGUGGCAACUCGGCGAACCAAUCCAAUGCCACCUCCAACCCCGCCGACAUGCUGAACAGUCUCUUCACGUCGGCCGUCGGCGGAACCAGCGCCGCCGACAUGAACGCCCUGCUCUACGGCCAGGGCAAGGGCGCCCCAGACCUGAGCAUGCUCUUCGGCGGCGUCAGCUCCGCCGCAACCACUUCUUCCACCUCGAGCACAACUUCGACAAACGCCGCAGCAGCCGCGGCCGCCGCCGCCAAGCAAAGCCUCGACUAUCUGUCCAUGUUCCCGAACUUUUCCGCCGCCAAACUCCCGGAAAUGUCCGCCCUCUUCCAGUCGGACAAGUUCGAAAUCCCCGACCCGCUCGCAAAAGCCACCCUCGAAGCCAACAACAUGUAUCUCGCCCCGUCAGCCUCCCUGCUCAAACUCCAGCAGGAAGCCUUCAACAGCAUGAUGAUGAAACCCCCCAAAUCAUCCUCCUCCUCCACCUCAUCCUCGUCCAAGAUCGAAACCCCACCCCCAAUAGUGGCCUCCCCCGGAGCCCGCUCAACCCCAACAAAAUCCGCCAACCGCGACUCCCCAUCCCUCACCGGCUCCUCAAAAUACAACUUUAGCGCCGUCGACCUGGCCGUCUCCAGCGUCCCCCUCGCAGCCUCUUCCCCCCUGGGAGGAGGAGGAGGAUCCGGCGGCGGAGUAGCGGACCUGUCCCGCAAGACGCCCCAAACGCCCGAGCCAUCGAUCCCACCGCCCUCAACGCCACCGGUGGCGUCCGCUUCGCAGCAGCAGAUUUUGCCCCCGUACAAGAAGCGCAUGGAGUUUUCGUCGAUUGCGGACCUGGUGGCGGCGCCGCCCAGCAAGAUGCCGAAAAUGUCGACGGAGAAUUUGGAUCCGUAAAGCUUUUGCAAAAAGUGGUGGUUCCUUAAACUUAUUUUCUGAUAUUUUUUUCUUUAUACGAUCGUAUAUGAUUUAGCAAUAGUGAGCAACGCAACUCUUUCAGUAUAUUUUACAAGCAGCAUUCAUUAUUUUUUAAAUGUUUUCUCAAACAAGAAUCUAAAAAACGGUACCAUGCAGAGCAGACAAAAUUGGUACGCAAAAAUUAUACACACGGUAUUUAACAUUUCGUCAUGACUAUCGCUAAGCUAAGCAUAAUAUAAAGUGUAAGGCGUCUAUAAAACAGGUGAGCAUGCCCCGAGGCAACACCUUGAAACAUAUUUUUAUCCCUUCAAAACUGACUUGUCGCGAGUAAUUAUAUAAAAAAGUAUUAGAAAUAAAAACAGAUAUACAAUAGUGUAUUAUGUGUGACCGUAAUAAA